GCUUUAAUAUUAUCAGCACAUGCCAGCCUUCUCUUGACCUGUUCAUCUUAUCUUUCCACCAAGUUUCCUCAGCUUGUUUUUUUUCUUCUUUCUAUAUAUAUUUUCUUGAUUUGGGUCUUUUGAGCCAAUUGGGAGAACUUGGUUUGGAACUUCAGUUGAAGGUUUUCAAGCAAAAACUUGCUUCUGCUUCUGCUUCUUACUUGGUCAAUUUGAGGCAGCUUCCAGGUUUUGGAUAUACUUGAUCUGCGUUUUUGCUAGAAGAUUGAAAGAAACUAGACUUAGAGAAAAAGAUAUGGAUACUUCUUCAUGGGUGGAUACAUCAUUGGAUCUUAAUGCUUCAGCUAGGUCCCUACGACUUGAAACUCCGAAGGAGUCAGGUAGCAACUUAAUUGUGUUUGGAAGCAAACUUUCAGUGAAAGAAGAGACUGGUGCUUUAAUGGAAGAAUUGAACCGUGUUAGAGCAGAAAACAAGAAGCUAACACAAAUGCUAACAGCAAUGUGUGAGAGCUACAAUGCUUUGCAAAGCCAGUUGAUGGAUGUAAUGAGCAAGAACACUGAAAAAGAGCAUAGCCCUCCAAAGAAAAGGAAGUCUGAAAGCAGCAACAACAAUAUUGAUAAUAACUUUGGCAUCAUUGGGAAUUCAGAAAGCAGCUCAACUGAGGAAGAAUCAUGCAAGAAACCCAGAGAAGAAAUGAUCAAGGCCAAAAUUUCAAGAGUUUCUGUCAGGACCGAAGCAUCUGAUACUAGCCUUGUUGUAAAGGAUGGAUAUCAGUGGAGGAAAUAUGGCCAAAAGGUCACCAGGGAUAAUCCUUCCCCAAGAGCUUACUUCAAGUGUUCUUUUGCUCCAAGCUGCCCUGUUAAAAAGAAGGUGCAAAGAAGCGUUGAUGAUCAGUCUGUUCUAGUUGCAACUUAUGAAGGUGAACACAACCAUCUUCCCCUUUCCCAAAUGGAACCAACAUCAGGUUCAAGCCGUUGUGUGACCCUUGGUUCAGUCCCUUGUUCAGCCUCGCUUAACUCAUCUGGACCAACCAUUACUCUAGACCUCUCAAAAUCUAAGUCCAGCACUGAUCCUGAAGCUAGAAACUCCAAACCAAAAAUGGAUUCACCAGAAGUCAGACAUUAUUUGGUGGAACAGAUGGCAUCUUCCUUGACAAAUGACCCCAAUUUUACAGCAGCACUAGCAGCAGCCAUUUCAGGAAGAAUGUUUCAACAAAAUCCAAUUGAAGGGUGGAUGAAAUAUCAAAAUAUGGACCAAUUAGACUUUUCAUUUUUUCCUUUCCCUUCCAGGAUUUAUCUUGCUGGGAGAACAUACCAGCUGACAAAGGAUUCUAUGAUAUUUUAUGAGCUAUAAGUAGAUUGUUAUGAACUUAGAAUGUUGUAAAUGUAUACAACAUUGCAAAAGAAUUGGAAAAACAAAAAGGAAAGAAAAAUAGAAUUUGCAAUCUGUUCAAGCAUCAGCUUCUUGUAAAUAUUGUUUUAAUUUGAGUAUCAACAUCAAGUGUUUUUCA